GUGACUCGGGGAAGAUGGCCGCGCUGACGGCGGAGGUCUUUGCAGCUCUCCAGAGCCUGCUGAAGGCCUCCUCGAAAGAUGUUGUCAGACAGCUGUGCCAAGAGAGCUUUUCCAGUUCAGCCCUUGGCUCGAAAAAGCUCUUGGAUGUUACGUGUUCCAGCUUGUCUGUGACCCAGGAGGAGGCAGAACAACUGCUCCAGGCUCUGCACCGCCUUACCAGGCUAGUGGUGUUCCGUGACCUGUCCUCCGCCGAGGCGAUUCUGGCCCUCUUUCCUGAAAAUUUCCACCAAAACCUCAAAAACCUGCUGACAAAAAUCAUCCUAGAACACGUAUCUACUUGGAGAGCUGAAGCCCAAACAAAUCAGAUCUCUCUGCCGCGCCUGGUCGACCUGGACUGGAGGGUGGACAUCAGAACCUCCUCAGACAGCAUCAGCCGCAUGGCCGUCCCGACCUGCCUGCUCCAGAUGAAGAUCCAGGAAGAUGCCAGUCUGUGUGGGGAGCAGCCCUCCAUGUCAGCUGUCACUGUGGAGCUGAGUAAGGAGACCCUGGACACGAUGUUAGACGGGCUGGGCCGCAUCCGGGACCAGCUCUCCGCUGUGGCCAGCAAGUGACGCGGCCAGCCAGCCCCCAGCACACGCCGUCCCCGCAGGCAGCGGUGGGGACGUGGGGGCUGCCAUCCAGAAGGCGCGGUUGGACCAGGCGGAAGCAGUCAGGCCCACGCGCUGCUUUUUCCUCUUUCCGAAGUUGGAGCAGAAGCUGCUGUCUUGCGAGGCUCCUGUGUGGGACUUCAUGACCCUUGUGGCAGCAGGAGGGAGCGUUUGCUUGGUCAGCCGCCUCCGCCUGGCUGAUCGGAAAAUUCAGGCCCAAAUUGCGGCGCUCGUCUUAAUAAGUUCCUUUCGCUCUGAUGAGCUCAUUUCCAGCUCUGGAAUGCACGCAGGGAGUCAGGUGGGUGACGCCAGCAGUCCUGCUUCUCUGUCACAGAAGCCAGGCGGAUCCCACAGGGCAGGGCCCCCUCUGCUUGCCUGCCUGCCCCGAGUCCGGAGCCUUCCCGAGCUCCCUCAGCCCUGCUGGACCACCUGGCAGCGUAGGAAGUCUGAAAUGGGAACUCAUUUCCUUCUCCAUGGAGCCAGAGGCCCCUUCCUUGAUGUAAUGCAGCCACUCAGGGUGAAGAAGUAGGAGUGAUUGGAAAUAAAUAAGUUCUAAAAACUUCA